GAGGAGUGAAGCUAGUGCUUGUAGCAGACUGAUAGCAGCACCGCGGACAGCUCAGUGCUAGCAGGGACUGGGGGAGCAAGAAAGCGCUCCAGGCUGGCUGCUGGGUCUGAACACAGAAGAGCCCUGGGCACCUAUAUUAAAGAAAGUGUGGCUAGGAUUAGAAAUAGAACAGCCUCCAGAGAGCAUACACUCUUCAUCCUGGAACUGCAACAUCAGGGACAGGAAGCAUCCAAGUGUGUGUAACUCUCCAGCUUCAAGUUUCUCUCUCAGUUUUGUGGUUCCAAGCCCUGCACCUUCCAGAAAACCCCUCUUCGGUCUGUUUUUACACAAUGCCCCUGGAUAAGAUGAAAGAUCUGAGCCUAGAGUGCUCCGUGACACGCUCUGAAACAGAUGAAGUGGGUGGAGUUCUCCUUCCAAAAAAAGUGUGUGACAGGUGGGAUCAAAUUUGGAACUUCAGAGCCAGACCUGAUGAUCUGCUCAUCGCAACCUAUGCAAAAGCAGGUACAACAUGGAUACAGGAGAUUGUAGAUAUGAUCCAACAUGAUGGAGACAUUGAGAAAUGCAAACGUGCCACCACUUAUCUGCGACACCCUUUCAUUGAGUGGGUUCUGCCUGGACCUUUCAGCUCUAAUACAAAUGGCCUGGAACUAGCUGAAGCGAUGCCCUCCCCACGAACACUGAAAACUCAUCUCCCUGUACAACUGGUGCCUCCAUCCUUUUGGGAGCAAGAGUGUAAGAUAAUCUAUGUGGCAAGAAAUGCGAAAGACAACCUGGUGUCCUACUACCAUUUUCACAGAAUGAAUAAAAAUAUGCCUGAGCCAGGAACCUGGGAGGAGUUUUUGGAGAAAUUCAUGGCUGGACAAGUGCUUUGGGGUUGCUGGUAUGAUCAUGUAAAAGGAUGGUGGGAUGCAAAAGAAAACCACUGUAUUCUCUACCUCUUCUAUGAAGAUCUAAAGGAGGAUCCAAAGCGUGAAAUCCAAAAGGUGUUACAGUUCCUGGAGAAGGACUUAGAGAAUGAGGUUCUCGAUAAAAUCAUCCACCACACAACAUUUGAGAUAAUGAAGGACAACCCCAUGGCAAACUAUACUUUUCAACCUCCUGCAGUAAUGGACCACUCAAUCUCACCAUUCAUGAGAAAAGGGACUGUUGGAGAUUGGAAGAACCAUUUCACAAUGGCACAGAAUGAGAAAUUUGAUGAAGAUUAUAGGAAGAAGAUGUCUAGAACCUCUCUGACCUUCCGCAUGGAGCUCUGAGAAGGGGCUAUAGGGAUUAUUCUCUAUAAUCUACUAGCACUUUCCCUAUAAAAGCCUCACAAAAUACCUGUGCAUCUAAAAUUACAAUGCCCAGUUUCCCACACCACUGACUUCACAGGGCUGAGCAUCCCCUUUCUCUGUGUAAACCUAAUUUUGAGACAAACAUUUUAGUUAAACUAGAGUCAAGCAGUAAUGUACUGUAGAGAUUUUGCAGGAAUCCCUCAAAAUCCCACCCCCAAAUUGAAGAGGUGGCUGGGGUGAUUUCCCUGAUUAAAUUUAUCCCCUCAUCCCUAACUUUUAUUCUUGGUGUUCAUAAAAUUCUUCUGAAGAGCAGGGCUGUAGGGUCUUGUUCAUUUGCUUUUUUUUGCAUUUGUAAAACUUUAGAUGGUAAUAUCCAAUAUUUUUAAAACCAUUCCCAGCAGCAAGUAAAAACCCUGAGAUAGAAGGCACUAUUGAAGUGCAACAUGCUGUUAUUGUUUGUAUGUUUUCAAUGUGCUGGGAAAACUGUAAUCCAUCCUCACACUCCACUAGUGCGGUAAGUAAGUACUAUUAGCUAUACUUUGCAGAUGGUGAAAUGGUGUCAUGCAAGAAAUUGAAGUUACUUAUUUCCCCCUCUCCCCCCAUACAUACUGCAUGCUAUAUAAGAUCUAGCCCUAAAUGACUUGCAUGGGUGGCAGUUUGGUCUAACAAAUUAGUUUAUGGGACUAUGAAUCAGAAAACUAUACUCGUUCCACCUCUAGGACUGACCUGCUCUCCAGGCCUCAAACAAACCAGUUUGCCACUAAAGCUAGGCACCUAAAUCCAUACUUUGAAGACUUCAAAGUAUGGAUUUAGGUGCCUUGCUGAAGUCAGUCAGAUACCGGGAUGCCUCAGCACCUUUGAAAAUCAGACUGCUUAGCUAGGUGCCAACUAUAGAGUUAGACCUGGAUCUUCAAAGGUAUUUAGGCUCAUAACUUCCACUAAUUUUUUAACAGAAGCUAAGGGCCUGAAUACCUUUUGAGAUGGGGGCCUGACGUGCUGAACUUUAGGCAUCCAUGUUUGAAAAUUUUGUCAUUAAACAUAACCUUUCUGAGCCUCAAUUUCCUAUUUACAAAAUGGGGAUAUUGAAAUAAAUGUACCCCUCAAAGUGGUUGUGAAGCAUGAUUUGUGUUGUAAAAGCACUUUGAGAGCCUUGAAUGAAAGGUAUUAUGUAAUUGCAAAGUAAUAUGGGGGGGAGGGUUGAAGCAACACAAUUUAUAGCUGACUUAAUUCUAAGUAAAAACCUAAAUAAGU